UUGACGCCUAUUUAUAGCUAAGUGAGUGGGCUGAAAAUAAAUUAAAAGCCGGCUUUCAUGUCUUUCAUCUGUUUUUUCCCCUAUAGGCUUCCUUGGUGCGUUUCGUCAAAUUUAGUCUCGUCGCUUUUAGCAAUUCCGAAAAUUGCGGAUUUAAACCAGAAAUAAAUCAAUAAAAGAGCAUUUUUGUGUGCAACUUUUAUCUAAAUUUCACUGCAAAUGGUAAUCUGACCAUAGGUGGAUUUAUCCUACAAGGCACACCUUAAUUGCCCGGCGUGAUAUUGUUUCGCACCCAUUUUCUGGCAUUCAGACCGAAUUAAGCCUUCUUAUGAUAAUGUCCGUGUGAACAAAAACAAAUCAGAUUGAAGUUAAAUUAAAUUAAAUUCUAGAAUCCCCAAUUUUACGAAAAAAAAUUGACAAUGUAAGCAAUUUUGAUUGGAGCCAUGCAGGCUUUUUCUCCGAAUUUAGAAAAUUUUUGAAAUUGAAAAACUGAAAUAUAAUGAAAUGGAAAUGUUUCCAGUAUUAAUUCUGUGUCUUGUUUUUUACUCUUCGGAACUUAUGACCUUACAUCAUUUGGAAUCAAUCAACUCAACAGAAGAAAACGCAGAAGCUAUUUACAAUUGGAAAAUUCUUACAGAUCAUGAUCAAUGCAAUUGUUCUACUGCGACAAAGAAAAGGAGAAUCAUUUGUUCAAAGCUUGACCUGAACGAUAGCAGAAAUUCUGAUGGGCUAGAACAUUCUUCUUGUCAGCAUCUUAUCAAACCUUUCAAUCAUCCAGCCCCAUGCCCUGAAGACUGUCCCCCUUCGUGGAUUGUCUUCAAUUUUACUGAGUGUAGCGUAAAAUGCGGCGGAGGAAUCAAAACUCGGGAAGUAUUCUGCGGGAACCCAAAUCACGAAAGCUAUCGAGCGGAUGUCGAAAAAUGUUUACUGCAACCAGAACCCAGUAGAACCGUGAAAUGUGCCGACACUGACUGCGAGCCUCAGUAUUCUACUUCCAAGUGGUCAACUGCCUGUCAUACUACGAACGUCGGUAAAUCAUGUGGGCGUGGAGUCAAUACCAGGGACUUAGGAUGUCAACAGAGACUGGCCGAUGGUACCACUGUACAAUCUCAACACUGUGACUUGAAAGAUAAACCAAGUAGCUUCCGAGACUGCUACAAACCGUGUCCGGGAGAUCAGUUGCUGAACUUGACAGUUUUCAAUCUCUCUCGGACGUUCUUCGUCAAAAAGGGACAACCAGUGAAUUUGUCAUGUGCCUUGGACUGCCGAUUUCCAGGCUCAACUUUUUCGUGGAAAAUAAAUGGCGAACUGGACAAGACGAGAUUAUCGGCGAAGAAAGAUUAUUAUAUUGACAGCUUUGAACCCGAGAAUCAAGCUGGCCUUUAUACGUGCUCUAUAAACAUUCCAGAAAUCUGUUACUCCAGGCAUAAUAAAGCAAAUACUAGUCCAGAAUGCAGAUGCCAAAAACAGCUCAAUUUCACGCUUAUCUUCCUUGAAGAUGAAGCGAGGCAAAUUUUCCAGAAGGCCCCUCAGCUCAGCACAAGUCCGGAAACUAUUGAGACCAAAUCAGAGGACUUAAAUGGAGAAUGCUACCGGGGCAAUUGUUCCAUAGAGUGGAUAACCUCAGCUUGGCCCUCGCUUGAGUGCUAUCAACGUGAGGAUAAUGAAGAUGGAGAGGAAACAAGCAAAAGCCAGACAUCAAAUUUGUGCACAAAGAGAGAACAGCGCCUUGUAUGGUGUGGUGUGGAUAGUCCAGAAAGCAGCUCAGUUGUCGACCCCUCUAACUGCAAUCCAGAGCUGAAGCCAGAAGAAAUGCGAGAUUGUCUCAUCGAAUGUUAACCAUAGUCGAGUUGUCAUGCUUUCGCUAACACUUUUGUGCAACCAUGUCUAUCUCUAUAAUUGAAAAUAUUUUUAUAUGCAACUGUUUUGUUUCACGAAUCACAAUUGGUCAAGACUGUUUAGCAGCCGUAUCAUCGAAAAGGGAAAAGUGGCUACGAACUUUGCCUCUCAGUUGAAAGAUUGGUGGUUUGAAGUCCAACACUAUACAUUCUGAAGAGUUAAUAAACUAAGUGAGUUUUCACUAAUUUAGGUCUAGUAGUUUUGAUAGUUUUGUUUUUAGGUUAUCGGUUGGACUUUUCUAGUUCGUUUACUUCAAAUUCAUUUGUUGAAUCCAGGUCAAUUCAAGCCCUCU